UCCCAUGCACGCCAGCUCGAUCCGCGCCUGCCGGGGAGGGCGGGGCCGGGGGGAGGCAGGCCAGGCCGCGGCACUUCGAUCCUCCCCGACCCUCUCAGCGGCUGCCCGGGAUGGCGCCACGGCCCUGACGCCCCGCGACGCCCACAGGUGACGCGGGGCACUGCAGGCCGCCGCCCCUCGCCCCUGACCACCCCGCCCCAACGCCCUCCCCGGAGCCUGCACCGUGACCUUUGACCUUCCUAUCCCGAGGGCGGCACGGCACGGCACUCACCACCCGCGGGAGGACCAGCAGGACCACUGACUGAGGCGCCCCGGCCAGGUGUGGGUGUAAGAGGCAGCCAGUGUGUCAAGGCCUGAGGUGGGAUGACAGGGCAGCCUCAGUCCCAGCACCCAGGUCUGCCAAGCUGCUCCCCUGUCAUGGUGCCAGCCCUCCUCUAGGCCAUAUGCGUCCCUGCCACACUGAAGGCCAUGGCAGAGAGCAAGCCCAUCGUUCCCAAGACCCUGGAGGUGGUGGCGGUCGGGGAGGUGGAGGUGCGACCCCAGCUGGCCACCAUCACACUCAUCCUCUCGGCCUGCAAACAGUCACUGGAGGAGUGCCGGGCGUCCAUUGAUAAGCGGCAGCCGUAUGUGCAUCACACGCUAUACAGUAACCAGGCGAGGCGGGAGGACAUCACGGAGAGGGAGGAGUGCCAGAGCAACGUGUCGCACAUGAUGCUUACCGUCACCAUCAUGGCCACGUUGCCCGCCCAGUUUGUCCAGCCAGUCCUCUCCACCCUGUCUGAGAAGCUGAGUGAUGCCGUGGAAGUGGAGAAGGUGGUGUACCAUCACUCGUGGUCAGCCGUGGCAGAGGGCCGGAUGGUGGCCGGGCGGCGGGCAGCUCUGGAGGCCAGGCGGCGAGCGGCAGAGAUGGCUGCAGCGGUGGGCAGUGACGUGGGCCCCUGCCUCACCUUUACUGAAGAGGCUUGUGACCACCUGGCACUCUCCGAGGAGCCUGAGUGUCGUGGUGUUGUCCCCAGACCGCAGCGAGUGGUGUGUGGUGGAGACGCCCCUCAGGCUGCGCCACAGCAAUGCCCAUGCCCCCACCAUCAUCCAGAGCCGUGUCAAGGCUUGCUUUGCCCUCACUGGCGGGCUGCCCAAGAUCACUGCCGCAUGACACUCAUCACUGCCACACGCGGGUCCGAAGCCACGCCUGAACUCCUCCGCAGUUUGGGUUAGUCAAGUUUUUUGUUCUUCCUGUCGCUCCAUCAAUACCUCUGAUGCCUUGGCCCAUCAGCAGUGUGGUCAUGAUGGAGAGCAGCAAACUAUGCAUUACCUUUGAGGAGCAGAAGCAGCAGUAAUCCCUAAUGGUCACGGUAAUGGUGGAAACACAGCUAUAUGCAGAGUCUAGUACCUGAUGUUUGGGGCAGUGAUGUCUAGAGGCAUAGGAAGGAGGCACAGUAUUGGGACUGACGACCAAGGAGGAAAGUGGUGUUGGCGGCGGUGACCGUUGUAGAUAGUUUAGUGGAUCUUUAUUUUGUGCCAUCGUCUGAAGCACCGUGGUGUCAUGUUCUCACCCAGCACCGUAGGGUUGUCACACGCUCUCCUUGUGUUCCGAGAGUCUCAUUUUCUCGUUGGUGUUUUCUUGGUGCAUGUUCUCUGGCUGCCAGCAUGAGGGACCAGAGGAGUCUUAACACACACACACACUCUUUCCACUGCACAAUAAGGUUUAAAACACAGGGAGGCUCAGUCUAAGUGUAUUGGUGGAAGCAUUAGGCAAGACAACCCCCUCAGCCUUCCUCUUAAACUGUAUUACUCUUCUAUUUGAUGAUAACUCUGGCAGAUCUGCAUCCAAUUCGCUACAGCACUAGAAUUCCCGCAUAGGAGGCAUUAAUUUGGCUGGAGAGGGGCUUUUGUGGGCUUAGUAGCACCAGCAUUUAAAAAGUUUCCUAAAUUCUGACCUAACUUUGCAGAGGCUGAAGCUUUCCAUGCCUUCCCUGGACACUGCCACUGAUCUAGUCAUCCAUUCAUUCCCAAACAACCCGCUUGUGUAGGCGUUAGUCUGGAAGGUGUGCUAGCAGUCACUCAGCUGCUGCCUGCCCUGUCAAGAAAGAUGUGCUUGCCAGUUUGUGCUCACUCUUCCACUUAGUACUUACGUCAGGUGAAAAACACUUUCCUUGAAAAUUUUGGAUAGGUGCAAAAAUGAAAUAUUGCUAAAGUUUUAACAUCGAUCUUCAUUGUUAGUGUGACACGGUGGUCUAGUGGGUUAGAGAGCCAGGGCAAGUUCAAACCCCAGUGGUGCUGUGUGAUGCCAGGAAGGGCUUAAAGGUCUUAAACCCCCAAACAAUGACUGUAUAGGAACAUAGUUGAAAGCUGCUAAAAUAAAUCAGUCUUCAUUGUUCAUUCCUGUUGUACCUCAGCUUUAUCUUUCUGAGUGUACAUUGUUGCUUCCCUGGUGUGAGUGCUAAAUGGAGGAGUAUAUGAGGGGUGAGCACACCCUGCCACGUUACCUGUUGAUCACUGCCCACCUGUGUUCUGACGUGAGGUCAUGGUGAAGGUCGGCAGAGUGAAUGAUAGGAACACCAGGAUUACAUACUCCAAAAUCAGACACAAGAACAUAUAAUGUAUUUCAUAAAUACUUUUUUACAUUAAAAUAACACUGUAAGGACUCAGAAUACCAUACAAUGCAGAACUAAACAUCACAGUUGUAAUGUCAACACAUGUCAGAAAAGCUGAAUUCAUACACACGUGUGUGAUUAAAACCAAAUACACAGUUACCAUUCAUUCUACACAGCUAUUAAAAUCAAUAAAAAAAAUGUCCUCAAAAAUAAAUAUAUUUAUUCAACACAGGGAAGUGAACCAAACAGGCUAGGGCCACUGCACUGUGAGUGAGUGCACACACACACACACACACACACACACACACACACACACACACAUGCAAAUACAC